UCCACAAUUUGCAGGCUUCGUUCUCAAAAAACAAAAAAAAACCUUAAAUAGUUUUUUUUCUUUUUAUUUAUUUAUUUCUUGUAUACUCGCUUAUACAAGCAAAGGCAGAGGUGUCUCCGGCUUUCUUGAUAACCAACGUUUCUGAAUAAUACAAUAAAAAGAUAACUGUAAAAAAUACCAUGUUUCAGGACCCGAGGGCCUAGAGGAACAGCUACAAGGCCUCCAGAUAAAUCCUGCAUAUCUCAUGCAUUCAGUAUUGCAGCUCAUUGGAAGAGAUCUGAAGAAGAAAGAGAAAAAGAAGAAAAAUGAUAAGAAGAAAAAAAAAUGAAGAAAAAGGAGGAUUCGAGUUCAACUUCUUCAGAGAGCUCCUCCUCCUCUUCUUCAUCUGACAGUGAGGAAGACAAGAAGAAGAAGAAGAAGAAAAAGAAGAAGAAGAAGGACUCCAGUUCUUCCUCUGAUAGCUCAUCUUCUUCAUCAUCAUCAUCUUCUGAUAGUGAGGAUGACAAGAAAAAGAAAAAGGACAAAAAGAAGAAACAAAAAGACAAGAAAAAGGAUUCCAGCUCUUCCUCUUCUGAUAGUGAGAAAGACAAGAAGAAAAAAUAGAAGAAAAAGGAUACGAAAAAGGCAAUUAUCUUUUAUUUUAUUGUACAAGGUUUAAGUUCUCUUUGGAGCAAAUAAACUGAAUGCCC